AUGCCUUAUUUGUUCAAGAGAUUUCAAAAUACUUUCGCUGGUUUGUUUCUAAAAUAUAAAAAUAAAAUAACAUAGUUCAGUAAAAAAUAAUAAAAUGGAUUAUGAACAGUGUGAACAGAAAAUGGAUUAUAAGCAUAUUCAGUGUGAACAAAAGGUUAAAGAAGCAUGCUCUACUUAUAAACCUGUCCAAGUAAUGCUUCAUCAAUUAAAUAAGCUAGGAUGUACUAUAAAUAAAAAGAAUUUGUUGUGCGAGCCAUGUGAAAAAAAACUUCUUGGGGGAUUCGAUCCUAUCAACAAAGAAGUAUUUAUAUGCGAAAAUAAUUUAUCGUCACAGAAAAAACUCAAUAGUAUCCUUACUCAUGAACUUAUACAUGCAUUUGAUGUAUGCAGAGCGAAAUACAUUCAUAGCAACUUAGAUCACACUGCUUGUUCUGAGAUAAGAGCUGCGAAUUUAAGUGAAGACUGCUCGUUUCUAAAUGAAAUUUUUGAAACGAACUUUCGUCUUAAAUCACAUAAGCAGACAUGUGUAAAACGAAAAGCCACAAAAAGUUUAAUGACAGCCCACAACAUUGAUUUGUACAAAGCUUCUGCUCACGUAGAAAAAGUAUUUCAAGAAUGCUACAAUGACCGCACACCUUUUAGAAGUUGAUUAUUUUUUUGAACAAUUUUGAAACACUUCAUCUUGUUGAGGUAUUGGAAACACGAUGUUUUUACCUAUUUAAGUUAUUAGGCUGCAAUUUUUACAAAGAAGGUUAAAGAUGCUUUUACAGAAAACGUUAAAGAUGCGUAGAUUACGGUUAUUUUAUUUUUAUGAAAAACGUGCUUUUUAAAAGGAGUUAUAAAAUAUGUUUUAAAAUUGGAAGCUUCUAUAUACUUUAAUUAUUAUGAAAACGAUAUUUUAUAUCACUACCAUGUUGGCGUGCAUAAUUUGAUUUAUUUAUUUUUAUUUUCUAAUUAUGUCUAACAAAAAAUAGAUGGAUAUUUUUUUAAUUUUUUUUUUGUGUGGGUUGUCCUUACGGUCAGAGCACCGCGAAAAAACAUUCAACUAGGAAGUUCACGCCUACUUCCUUACCCAUGUCGCAAAUGUGACCAGAGAGAUAAGAGGUAUAUAAAAAUCCCUAAGGGAUUGUUAAUUUUAAAAUUGAAAAAUUAUAAUUAACUAAUCAUAAUUUCAAAAAAAUCUAUAUAUAUACGGUGUUGCAUGUUUGACACUAAAUCUUCAUUAUAUUUGAUAUAAUAUUUUGGAUUACAGGAACGAUAGUUAUAUUUGUUUUUAAAAGAUAAAAAUUAUUUUAUUAGAUUUGUUUUUUACUCCGAACUCAUUUCAUUGAGCGUUUUCUGUGCAAACCUUUUUUUGCAUAUUUUUAAUUGAAUGUAUGUCAAAAUUUUUUAUAAAACUAUAUAUUGUAAAGGGCUUCAUGAUAAGAUUUUCAUGAUCUUCUAGAAGUCCUGCCAUUGCUAAUGUAAAAAAAUUGUAAAAUAUAUCUGGUUAAUAUAUUCGAUUAUACUAGUUCAAUACCGAAACAAAUACUGAAAUUUCGGCUAAGCAAAAUUAAUUUGAUUAGAAAAUGUUAUCUAAAAAUCCAA